AUGGGUGCCGUCUCUGCGCUCUUCGUAGUGUUAAUCACUAUUCUUCUGCCACCCGUAGGCGUCUACCUCGUUGCAGGCUGCGGCGUCGACCUGCUGAUCAAUAUCUGCUUGACGCUCCUUGGAUACAUCCCCGGCCACAUCCACGCCUUCUACCUCGAGUACGUAUACUACCACCGCAAGGAGCUGGCGCGCGAGGGGCAUUUCAUGGCGCGGCGUGCCCCGGGUGUGUAUAGUGAUCGGGUGCAGAGUGGUGGGCACGGAUAUGGGACUAUUGUGCAGUCGACGGGACCUGCUCAGUAA